AGAAGUGUGGCUGAUUUCCCGCGAAAAGCCCCAGCGAAGCAAAUUUCCCGGUCCCCGGUUUCAAUCAACGUGUCUGUGUAGAUAUUUCUCGAGCUAAGCCGAUUUGCGAUCAUGGGUGGCAAAACCAAGGAGGAGAUUGGGCAACGACCGGAGAGCACCGAGCAAAAUCAUACCGACCAGGACGGCAUCGUCGAUCCGGAAUGCCUCAUCAAGCAUCCGCUGCAAUUCCAGUGGACGCUCUGGUAUCCGGAACCGGAUAAGAACAAGUCGUGGGGAGACAACCUGAACGAGGUGGCCACCGUCGGUGCCGUUGAGGACUUCUGGAGAUUAUACAACCACAUCAAGAACCCGUCGGACCUGAAGACCGAGUGCGAUUGUUCGCUGUUCGAGCAGGGCAUCCGCCCCAUGUGGGACGACGAGAAGAAUUUCCGCGGCGGCCGGGGGGUGAUCAACGUGCCCCGGCAGCAGCACCACGAAUUGGACAAAUAUUGGCUGGAUACGAUAUUGUGUCGGAUUGGCGAGGUUUUCGAUAAUCCUGAAGAAAUUUGCGGUGCCGUCGUGAACAUUCGCCAGAAGAUGGAUAAAAUUGCGAUUUGGACCUCCACCGUCAUGAACCGGGACGCGCCGAUGCAGGAGAAAGCUGUAAGUCGAUUUUUUGCCACGUCCGAACAAUAAUUGUA